UUAAAGGAAAACAUUAAUUUGAGGUUUAAGUUUUUCAGAUACAUAAUGAAAGAAAAUGCAUUAUUUUACUCUUGGUAUCAUAGUUUUGAUUGAACAGGUUCUAGCGGAAAAGAGCUGUGGCUGUGUUAAAUUUUCUUCCCAAACUGCAUCUUUGGACAUGUCAGAGGUUUCCCAUGAAAUGCCCCCUAGAACGGAUGAAAAUGCUGGAGGUACAACUGUCCACAUGGAAAUAUACACUGGAGCAGAAGCAGGAAUCAGCUGUUUACAUCACUGUGCAUCUUUAGCAAUGCAUUGGUAUUCAGAAGCUGAGGGAGCAUGCUUUUGUGGAACAGAUGAGGCAAGGAUUCCUUGUAUGGAGCUGAGGGUGCCAUUUUUACAAGUUUUCUGUUUGCAAUCACAGGUAAAUGUAGUCUUAGCUACAGAAGAUGUUACUGUUAGUGUACAUAAUGGUAUUAUUGUGCUUAAUCAACCACCUGAAAAUGUACUGAAUCAUGCAGAUUCACUUCCACUAAAUGCUAAAGAAGCCAAAAAUAUUGAUUAUUUAAAACAAGUUAAGGAUACCAAUGAUGAUUCUACAAACUCCAUUGUGACCAAUGUAACUUCAGUGAUGGUUGGUGUUCAUCAUGAAACUGAUGGUGUAAGCGUUCUUCGUGCUGAAAUACAAAACUUAACCAGGUUUAUUUCAUCCCCAGGGUUAAACAGUACACAGGAAGAAACUAGUCCCCUAACAAAGCUAAGGAGCACUAAGAUCUUGGCGAUUAUUCUUGGGUUAGCCUCCAUUUUGUGUUUAUGCAUUGGUGGAAUAAGAGUUUUGGGUCGUCUUUACAGUCUCAUCCUUUGUGGGUAACCCUCUAUGUAAGCUAAAACUGGCCAAACAGUUUGGUCCAAAUUGGCUGACAUUAUUUCAGGAAACCUAUUUGAGGUAACACUGGCUAAAAAAGAUUCUUAAAAAUUCAGAUUUUGCUUUUAAAUGCGGUCUGAAAAUUCCACGGGCAACGCCUUGCACUUGACUUACUUGUAAUCCAUGUAAUGGAUCGAUAGCCAAAAAAACAGUGAUUUUUGUCAUUUUUUUUCUUUCCUCAAAAAGUCAAUCAGUAUUUUAUAAUUUCAGACAAAAAAUCUAAAUUAGAUAAUCCUUCAGGAAAGAAUACACAUAUAUUUUCCCGCACAGCCUGAGUUUGUUGCAUACUUGGUCCCAUAUAAACACUGGGUCAAAGAAACACUGGGUUCAUAAGAGGUGUUAGGUACUUUCCCAAAGGCAUUUUCCCAAGGGUGACUUCCCAAGUGACAAUUUGUCAAGUAGAAACUUUCCAAAUGUAUAUCAUCUCAAGCGGCAACUUCCCAAAGGUUAGGUUAGGCCUUCUGAGGCGGCGCACGCUGAAAAAUGGCCGAACGCUGCGGCUAGCAUAAGCUAUGGGGCCGACCACUGCGGCUAGAAAAAGCUUGGAAUCAAAGUGCUGCAGCUAGGACAGACUUGGGAAGUUGCCGCUUGGGAAAUUGCACAUUUGGGAAGUUGCCACAUAGGAAAAUACCCUUGGGAAGUUGCUGUUUGGAAGAAAGCCUUUGGGAGAGUACCUAACUCAUAAGACACGCUGGUAUGAGUAAAUGUGUUCCAUUGCACUAGAUCGGUAAAUCCUUGUACCGAUUCGGAUCAUGACGAUACUCUGUCUAUCUCUUUAUUUUCAUGUUAUAAAAAUGUAAA